UGGGGCUGGUGGACUGGCGCAGCCGCACGGACGAGAAAGAGGAUGUGGCUGGGCAGCCAACCAGCCUCCGGCCGAAAAUAGGAGCCUGGGCAGAGAUCUUUCUAUAAAUCAAUCACCGCAUCCGCUUUCUCUCUGCUGCUGUCUGCUUCCUGCUCUUCGUCGCUCUUUUCUGCUUCUUGUUCUUUCAGUUACUAUCUCUACUCUCUUUCUAUCUGCUCGCAGAGUAGAUCGCUGUCUCUUCUACCUACGCGUUCCUCGCUCGUGGAUUUCCUGCACGGCUUCGCGUCGCGUCGAGAUAAACUCAACUUCCAUUCCUCGCCAUUCGUUCCUGGAUCCCCCUUCGCGUCGCCUUCUUUCCAACGCUUUCCGGCCUUCUUUUUCUCUCUUUCCCCCCUGAUUACAUCGUUAUCUGUCGUUCCACCCGCCCGGUUCAGAUUGCAGUCUAAUUAAUCAAAUAAUACAUAAUGCCCUCUGAUUGCUGCGGCCUCAGGCGCUCUUCCUCGCGCACUCUCAACUGCCGCUCUUCCUCCGCCAACCGCGCCGCCAAACCGUCAACGAAUUUCUCGCGCCCUCGAUCAGCGGGUGCUACUGGACUGCCCAAGCUGCAGCCUGCCGAUAUUCUGGAGGGGUGCGCGAUGCACCUCGCCGCGAUUUUUUGCGAUCGCACAGGACUCUCGCACUCGCACAUUAGUACCGUCCUGCGCUCUGCAAACCUCUCGCUCACCGUCAUUGCCGGAUCCGCCUGUCUUCUUCCCCGUCUCAACCAAAAAUUCUAUGCGCGUCUACGAAAAUCACUGGGAUGCUCGCGCUCGCGCGCGGGCUACAUCUCUCUCCUGGCAGCGCUCGACAUUGCCUCGAAAUUCCUCGACGAUGACGCUGCGCGUAUCCCCUCAUUCUCAGCCACUUUGCGUGCCUCAGCCGAGCUUGGCGACGACUGCAGCAGCUGCGACGAGGACGGUGACGCGACCGAGUCUGCGUUCGUGAGCCCGCGCGACUUGGCUGACGCGCAGGUGAUGAUGCUCUUUUCGCUUGGGUUUGAUCUGCAUACACUCCUGACGUCUGCUGCGGUCGAGCGUACGAUCGGGGAGUUUGAAGGGUGCGCAAAGCUGCUCAGCUUCAUUCGUCCGUCAGCUGCACCCGCAACAGCAGCAGCAGCGGCAGUGGUAGCGCUCGAAUCUGUGGCGCAGGACGGCAAGGGACCUGCGUACGGAAGCGCGGUGCUGAACGCGCCAUAUGCGAUCGACGAGGAAGAGGAGGAUAUCAUAUAUACGCAUUACAUCGACGGCUACUCUUCCGAGGAGGACUACGACGAGUUUGACGAGGAGGACUCUGCCGAUCUGACGAGCGAGUGCGACAGCGCAUCGACCAGCGGCAGCCCCAAGGUGGGCAGCAGCAACGAGACCGGCAGCGGCAGCGGCAGCGUAUGCAAGGAGCCGUCGAGCAUACAGCGAAAACGGCUGUGGUCAGCAGCGGCCUCACCGCCCGCGGCGUCUGCUGUCGCGGCGUGAUUCUUUUCUUUUGCUGCAUUGUUUCAAUUCUAUUACACCGGGCGUUUAUGAGCAUGUGAAGUCAGCACUGUU